AUGCUCUUCGCGGUCCCUCCAGUUGCCACGGCAUUCCCGGAUGAACCGACAAUGAGCAGAAUUGUUUCCGACUCGGUCACUUCAGACUCGAUGACUUCCCUUUCCUCGGACGAAUCGCAGAUUAUCGUCUUGGCAUGUCUCUUCGUGGUUAUUGCCCUGCUUUGCGUGUUCGUCUUCUGCCUCGACCUCAUCUUGUGCCAACGAUGCCGGCAACGCAAGGAUGCCGAAAUCAAAGAUGAGGAAAAGGCUCAAAAGAAAGAAGAAUGCCAAGUGGCCACCAUCUACCACGGCAACCCAAUUUUUGUCAUC